UCUCGCUUAAAUGCCCGAGCUCCCUCAUUGGAUCCCACAACAAAAACUUGAAGAGCAAAACACUUGUGUCCUCACCCAACCCUCCCUCUCCUACCUACCCUUUUUUUUGGCACUUGGCAUCUUCUCUUCUCCUGCAUAUUUGGUUGCCUAAAAUGACUGGGAAAGGGACCCAAAGCAGCCCAAUUGGAAGCCCCUCGUCUGAGAACAUCUCAGACAGCUCUUCCAAAUUAGAGCAAGACCGAUUCCUCCCCAUCGCCAACGUAAGCCGGAUCAUGAAAAAAUCGCUCCCAGCAAAUGCAAAAAUAUCCAAAGAAGCCAAGGAAACUGUCCAAGAGUGUGUCUCUGAGUUCAUAAGUUUCAUCACUGGCGAAGCAUCCGACAAGUGUCAACGAGAGAAGAGGAAGACUAUAAACGGUGAUGAUCUUUUGUGGGCUAUGACCACACUAGGGUUUGAAAAUUAUGUUGGGUCCUUGAAGGUUUAUCUCAACAAGUAUAGAGAGACCGAGGGAGAGAAAAAUUCCAUGGCUAGACAAGAAGACCAGUUGUCCCCCACCAACCAUGGCACUGUCGGUACUCAUGAAACUAACAAAGUCAAUGGUACUCUUACUGAUCCGUCAACUGAGAUGGAUCUUCAAAGUUUUAACAAUGGACUCUACUCACUUGGCACAGAAGUUACAGCCAAGAGCUAUGGGGAAAACACAAGGCUCCUUGGCUAUCAAGAGAAUUUUAUGGCUGGUGAUUUCAACAUGAAUAGGAUAGGCGAAAACGGAGACAGGAAUAGCGAGAGAGCUAGGGCAGCUCAGCUUUAUCAUGGGGUUCGGUGGUAGAGAUAUACUGAUCUUAUAUAUUUAUAUAAGCUUAUCUCUUACUUUGUUAGAUCAAUUAACUAUCUACAUCUACAUGUCCACAUAAAUGAAGUUAUUGCAGAUUGUGCUCUGAAA